GAAGCAGAAGGAAGAAGACAGCGACAUUAAUGAGACUUCUCUUCUCUGAAACUCCGUCAGACAUUGAUGCUUCCCUGUCUCGCUCUUCUUCUCCUUUCCAUCGCCUCCCCAAAACUUCCCUUCUCUCUCUCUCUAGUCGUUCUCUGUCUUUGAUGCCGAUGUCCCGGAGCUAAAGGACAGGUUAUUAAUCACCCAACGAGGACAAAUUCCAAACCUUUUACCCCAUGGCCACCACCACCACAGCUACCACCACCACCACCACCACCACAGCUACCGCUCAACUCAAGCUCCAGAACCCACCACCCCCCACCAAGCCCAAACGCCGCAAGUGCCGCGAGACCACCAUUUCCGCCACGCCCUCCUCCUCCUCCUCCUCCUCCUCCGCCGCCGCCGCCGCCGCCGCCGCCGCCGACCGCCCUCCCAAGCCGGGCCCGCCGGUCGUCUCCUCCCCCCGCGACGACUCCUGGUGCUGCCCCGCCUCCAGGACCCCGCCGCCGCAGCCGCAGCCGCAGCGACCGUACCCGGCCCACGCCGCUCUCCCUCAUCCCGGCUCGCCCUUCCGGAUCAGGUUCUCCCCCGGGAGCCUGUCGCCGGUCAUGGACUUCGCGGCGGCCCCCGCCAACGGCCACCCCCCGGGCGACGACGCCUUCGCGUCGGGGGGCUUCACGAAGUUCAACUCCGUGCUCACCGCCGGCCUCCUGAACCCAAUGUCGCCUCCUCCGCCCGCGGCAGCGGCGGGGGCGGCCCUGCCCGAGAAGGCCCGAUCCAGCCCGACCCUCUUCGAGAUGAUGGCCAGCGAACCCGACAUGAUCCACCCGAGGACGCAAAUGCAUGUCCCGGUUCACGCGUCGAGCGUGAGACCCCCCUUGCCCAUUCUCGACAGGCAAGCCCUGACCUUGCAGCGAAUAUCGGAGGUCCUGGCCUCGAGGAGUCCGGGGAGUCUCUUCAACGACUCUGCUUCGAGCGACAUUAAGCUCACGUUGAGCUCCAAGGAUGGGGCUAUUAGUGUUUCUAUGAAUGUGCAUAGGGAGAUACUUGUGGCGCAUAGCCAGUUUUUCGCUGCGAAGCUGUCGGAUCAGUGGAUGAAGCAGCAGCAACGGACCGCGGCGGCGCCCGUCGUGGAGAUUGCGGACUGCGAUGAUGUGGAGGUGUAUGUGGAGACGUUGAGGUUAAUGUAUUGUGAGGAUCUGAGGAGGAGGCUCAUGAAGGAGGAUGUGAGCAGAGUUCUUGGUAUUUUGAAGGUUUCAGCGGCAAUUGGUUUUGAUGCUGGGGUGUUAUCUUGUUUGGAGUACUUAGAAGCUGCUCCAUGGGCCGAGGAUGAAGAAGAGAAGGUGGCUUCUCUACUAUCAAAUCUUCGGUUUGAUGGGCCCGCAACUGGCGAAGUUCUGAAGAGGGUCUCUAUGGAAGUUAGUAAUGGAGUAGUUGCGGGAAACGACAAUGAGGAAGUGUUGCUUAAGCUUUUACAUGUGGUCCUUGAAGGAAAGGAUGAAAAGGCGAAGCGGGAUAUGAAAGGGUUAGUGGCUAAGAUGCUUCGAGAGAACUCCUCUCAGAGCGAUAUCCGGAAAGAGUCUUUAUACACUGCCUGUGAUGGGUGCUUGCAAUUGCUUCGCAAGCAUUUUCUGCUAGCUGCAGAAUCAGAGUUGAAAGAUGUAGCUCAGAUUGCACGGCAGGCCAAUAAUUUGCACUGGCUCUUGGAUAUCUUCAUAGAUAGACAGAUUGCCGAAGACUUCCUCAUAUCUUGGGCUUCUCAAUCUGAUAUGUCCGAUGCGCACCCCAAAGUUCCGGUGGUUCACAGAUUCGAAGUUAGCAGAGUUACAGCGCGGUUGUUUGUGGCGAUUGGGAAAGGGCAGCUUUUGGCUUCUAAAGAUGCAAGGUGCAUGUUAUUGCAGACAUGGUUGGUUCCGUUCUACGAUGAUUUUGGGUGGAUGAGGAGGGCGUCCAAGGGUCUUGAUAGGCACUUAAUUGAAGAUGGCCUUAGCAAUACGAUUCUCACACUGCCUCUAGCCUGGCAACAGGAAAUAAUGAUUGCUUGGUUCGACAGAUUCUUGGCUUCAGGUGAAGAUUGUCCGAACAUCCAAAGAGGUUUUGAAGUUUGGUGGCGAAGGGCUUUCUGGAGGAGAAAUGGCGACCAGCAGCAACCGCGGUUGCUACAAAUUACUGCAGGUACUGCUGAGAAUUCAUAAAUUGUUUAUCUUGAAUGAAGACUCCUUCUCAAUAGGGACAAGGUACUAAUAGUCUGAGAUCAGUGCGCCGAGCCUAUGCGUUUCUUUAGUUAUUGUGAACUCUGCUAGAGUUCCAAGGAGUGGAUCACACACUAGAUAUCUUAACUUCAAUUGCGUGACCUGUUGAGGCUGUAAAUGGAGGUGCAGGGUUCUCGAAGUCAGGAUGAUCGGUUUGGUACGCUCUUAGAUGAGGUUAGGGAACAUUGCUCUCUCCCGGCUUGGGAUAUGUUAACCAGAGAGUGUAAGUUGGUUGCCAAGCAAUGUUCAGGAUAUUUGUUCUCAGACAUGGUUUCAGGGUGUAGAUAGCGGAAUCUAAUUCCAGGUGAUAUAUGUAAUAUUUGUUGCACAAUAUGGAGUUAUUUGUUUGUCUGGAUAUUUGAGUUUCUCUGGAAAAUUAUACCAUUAACUUCUGUCUUGCCGUUGUGGGAAGAAUGCAUUAUCAUAUUCCGUUGCA